GCGAAGCUGAGCGCGCACAGGGAGCGCGCUUAACGGACAGCUUCUGACGCUGGACGAGAGCGGGGAGCUUGGCUCACGAGAAGAAACCCCGUCAGUGUGCCCUGCCGCGUUUGUCUUGUCAAGAUGAGACAUCUCUCGCCCUCUGUCCGGUAAACUAGGACACCCUGGGACACGGAUUGAAUUCCCUCCUCAAAUCACAGCCAACUAGUUCCCGUUCGAACCACCCGCACGCUCUGCGCUUGAAGGAGCAUCUUUACCGCCACACUCUGUCCGUCCCGCUAACGGCUCAGGAAUACAAAGUUGUAUCACUUUUAAAUGACUCUUCGGGACUGAACGGCCGUUUUUAUUUUUAUUUUGUUGACGCAACGUCAGAAUUUUGUCUUUUGAGUGGCGUUGGCUUGGAUUUACGCGCGUAAGUCAACUUGAUUUGCGCCGUUUUCCCGUCAUUUUUUCCUGUUGUCACCUAGUGUGGAAUAUCUGAAGACUUUAUUCAACGCUCCAGGAGGAACGAAAAAGAGUCUGAAGAACUGCUUAUGGAAAUUUGAGGAGUUUUAUUUAUUUAUUAUUAUUUUCUUUAUCAAGUACGUAUGAUAUUACGAUGUGUGUGGUGCGAGAGUCUUCGCCGCCCCUUUUAGACCAGAAUUAGUCAGUGUGGUCCCGGAGUAGAGGCUAGAUCAGUGUCUUCUCGAUUCGCGCACUCUCCUCACUAUCCUUUUCUUCUUUCCCCUCAGAAAGGUUAUUUUUCUAUUUCAAUGGAAUAACUGAUCGGGGAAACGACUGAACGACAAAGUGUCUUGUCUUUCUCCCCCCACCGCCUGUAACUGACAGGCGAUUUAAGGUUGGUUCUUCUCCGGGAAUGCUCAAUGAUCGAUGGGGAAUCAUGAACAGCUCACCGGAACUCGAAGACGGACAGCGGGGCAAAAAUCAGACAUUCUGUGAGUGUGUGCCCAACUCCUCUCAGCUCAAACAUCGCUGGUCAGACUCAGACACAGUCAGACAAACAUCGCCCAAGAGGAUGAGUUGUAGCUAUCUGCUAUGUACCAUCCUUCUCUUCGUGGCCGUUCUGCUCGCAGUCACAGUGACGGGAACCAUUCUUCUUAUGAACCACUACCAGGCUCCCCCCAUGUCGGAUGGCCCGCCUCAUAUUAGCACCAAUCAGGAUGAAGCCAAUGCGUUGGUGACAGUUGAGAGGGGUGAUGGAUCACGCAUCAAUAUCUUCAUCGACCCCAACUGCCCUGAUUAUAACAGUAACUUCCUGCGACUAGAAGGCGUGCAGACAUCUUUGCUGCACUCGCUCACCGAUCACGAUACAGAUCUCAAGUCCGUCAAAGGUCAGGAUCGAGCGCUAUUGGUCAACUUGGCAGAGGAAGUUGCUAAGCUGUCUGCCCAUGCGGGACAGCUGAAGAUGGACUAUGAGUCUCUAAGGAGAGGACAAAGCAACCUGGGACAGGACCUGAAUACCCUGCAGACUGAACAGAGCAGACUUAUACAGCUGCUGUCCGAGAGCCAGAUUAACAUGGUGAAGGUUGUCAACUCUGUGAGCGAUGCUCUAAACGCCAUGCAGAAGGAAACGGGAGGUCUGAAAGCCAGGGUGAAAGCUGACCUGCAGAGGGCACCAGUAAGAGGAGUUCGCCUUAAAGGCUGUGCUAAUGGCUCUCGUCCACGGGACUGUAGUGAUAUAUAUGCUAGCGGUCAGAGAGAAGAUGGCAUCUACUCUGUUUUUCCCACUCAUUACCCUGCUGGCUUUCAGGUCUACUGUGAUAUGAGUACAGACGGAGGUGGCUGGACGGUAAUCCAGCGGAGGGAGGACGGGUCUGUGAACUUCUUCAGGGAGUGGGACUCCUACAGGGAAGGAUUUGGCAAAAUCACCGGAGAGUAUUGGCUUGGGUUAAAACAAAUCCAUGCUCUGUCUAUCCAAGGAAACUAUGAACUGCGCAUAGAUCUUGAAGAUUUUGAGAACAGCACAGCGUUUGCACAGUAUGGCGUGUUUGGGGUUGGACUGUUCUCUGUUGAUCCUGAGGAUGACGGUUACCCCCUCACCAUUGCUGAUUACACAGGCACUGCAGGAGACUCGUUGCUUAAGCACAACGGAAUGAAGUUCACGACAAAAGACAGAGACAACGAUCAUUCGGAGAACAACUGUGCUUCGUUCUACCACGGCGCCUGGUGGUACCGCAACUGCCACACGUCCAACCUGAACGGCCAGUACCUGCGCGGACAGCACACCUCUUACGCCGACGGGAUCGAGUGGUCGUCCUGGACCGGAUGGCAGUACUCGCUAAAAUUCACAGAAAUGAAAAUUCGACCAACGCGCGAAGAGCGAGAAAGCAAGUAACCUCACAAAAAGUCCAAUUUACAGUAAAUGUAAGGAAAUAAAAAAGAAACAACAUGUUUAAAAGACUUACAUGUGGGACUUACGAUGUGGAAAACAUCAAGGACAUUGAUUGUUGCUAAUCUGAAAAAGAGCUUUCUGUUGUCCUGUUCAUUAAUUUGGCGGAAAAGUCACACUGUUGUGUGGCCGUGCUGUAAGUCCUGCCCUCCAUAUGACAAUCUCUUCAUCACCAGGCCUUGAAGUUUCUUUACACCCCAGCUGUCGGCUCUCAGCUCACUACUGCGAGUCACACUUUGGCUCUGACGAAAAUGACACCGAAUCAAGGAUCCUAUUAUUUUGCCACUGGUUAGGGAAUUAAUUAAUAGAGGACUAUGUACGACAAUGAAAUGUUGGAAAGGUUCCUUCUGUCAGCAAAGCCCGUUUCCGUUCUCUCUCUUAUUGUUUAACAUGCAAUUAAUACGCCAAACACACAGACCGCGGCCAAAUCUCCACUAAGAAUGCUAGUACAAAAGAAGAAAGUGUGAAAGAUGGGAGGGGAUGGGAGAGAGAGAGGCGGUCUAGGAGGAGAGCAGUGCAAAGGUUUCUGUGGGAGUUUGUCUCUCAUCUGUCUGACAGGCCAUUAGUGAGCAUAUUGGCCACUUUGUCUGAUCGCCAUUGCCAAGUGAUCAUCAGUCAGGCUCUUCAUCUCGCACAUACGCAGAUGGAGGCUGUUUAUGUAUGUGUGUGAGCAAGAUAAAAGGGAAAUGCGAUAUUGUCUCGUCUCCUUCCCGAGCGGCGUUUCUGACUCAGCGCGAGUUUGAGUGUUCUCGAGGAAUCUCUUUAUCGGCCCGACAAGCUCGCUCGAGUGUGUUUACUCAGCGCUCACGCACACGUCAUUUGCUCACGCAUGCCUUCGGACGCCGUGUCGUAAUGCUGAUUUAAAUGAGCCGCCGUAACGUGUGUAUCAGCUCAUUCACUGCCGUCUCUCUCCAGCUCACUUUCCAAAGGUCAGACAUCUCGAACGUGAAUAUUGUGCUUCUCUCCCCUCGUGUUCGAGCAGCUCCCUUCAUCUCUCACCCUUUCUUUUUUCCCUCCUGGUCUUCUUCUCAUUUGUUCUUCUUCCACUCUGCCUUCACUCCUUUGGUUUGUUUCCUGCGGUCCCCUGUGGAAGUGGAAAAGGUCAACAUGUCAUUUAGUACAAUUACGCUGCUCACUGUUCUCUCUUCUUUGCUCUUUUCUGACUUUUUCCUUUUCUCCCACUUCUGUUUCGUACUUCCUAAUUAUGUUUCUUUGAAGCUCCGUUAUCAUAAUGAUGACAGUUUAUUUGUACUUUGCUUAAAUAGUGUAAUUCUGAAUUCAAAGUGGAGAUAUUUACAUAUUUAACAUGAUUAACGCACUAACAAAACUUUUGUUCCCUCCCUCGUUUGUUUUUUUUAUGUAUAAAGACAAGCAGUUUUCGUGCUGACUUGUGAAUGAACUUGUGCAAGUAGGAACACUGAUUCACUCAUGUUGGAUUUUGCGAUUUUUGAGUUUUCUUUCUAAAUGUACCAAGAGCUUUAAGAUGUGUGUAGAUUUCAUGUACAGUGUGUAUGUUUUAGAGACUUUUAGCGCAUGUGAAAUGUUUUCUUACGGGAAAUUGACAAAAGCACACAAAUGAAGCAAUGUGCUAUAGAAAAGAUCCUCGAUGUGUCCUUAUAAUGCCUGUAGUCAUGUGACUGGGAUCUGGAGUCUCUAGAAUGGACGCUUGUUUCAAAUUCUGGUCUGCCAGAAGCGGAGUUGAAAUCCAUUAAACGUACACCAACAAAUAAUGAGCACAUUACUCGAGAAAAUAUGUGGCAAGAUGACUGUGAAAGCAGCAUUACAGGAUGUUGUCAAGACUUAAAUGGACACAAGUGAGUGCUCAUCCUUGUCUCUGGAGUCGCCUCUAAGUUUGCACCACUUUAACUGCAAAGUUGCCUCUGUCGGUUUGUGUCUUGGUUGUGUAUUUUCUCUUGUACUUACUUUUCUUGUUCACUCAGCUCUGAUUUUUUCCCCUCCUCUCAUUCUGUGGAAUUACAUCACAAUCAGCCCCUUUUCUCUGUCACCAUUUGCUUCGAAGUUAACCAUGCUGCCUGUUCAGCUGUCAAUAACGUUUCUCCAGUGCGUUGCCAUGGUAAUGAUCCCCUGAACAAAAGCUAACAGGCUGAACAAAGAAUGAAGGAAAGAAAUGUUAAAUGAUGUAACAAUGUCAUGAAACUGAGUCGAGAAAGGACGAAAAGAAAAAACAGUGCACAUCAUAAUGGGACAGAAACUAUUUGAAAUCAUUUGUAAUUAAGGGUCUCUGUGAGAAUGAGUGUGUGUGACUGAAUGAAACAGAAAAUAUACUUGUAAAGAAAAAGUAAAUUGUUAUUUCUGUGUAUGACAUUGGCUCUUCAUAUUGUGUGCAUAUAAAAAAAAAAUCAAUAAAUAACAUAUAAAUAAAUUGAUUUCUGC